AGGGGACGCGCAACGCCCGCCCGGUCCCGCCCCGGGCCCUCACCUGACGUUCGCGUGGCUGUAGCCGAUCUUGGCGUUGUAGGCGCCGUUAUCCAGCACCAGCGUCGCCAUGUUCCCCACGGCGCCACGGCCGCCGCCGUCCCAGUAUUGAUCCGCCACCGCCGUGGAUCUCUAUGGUGACCAUAGAGCGGAGGAGCAGCGCGCGUGGCCGGUCGGGACGCGGAGGUGCCGGCAGCGCUCCGCCUCCGCCUGGGGCCGCCCGCCGUGCCGGUGACGCUCGCGGGACUGCGGCGCCAUUGGCCGGGCGUGACCCGGCAGCGCUCGGCAAAGGGGCGGGCGGGGCGGUGACACGGCGUCACCGCGGACAGCGCCCGUCACUGCCGCCCACCGCGCCUGCCUGCGCGCACAGACCCUGCUCCGGCCGCCGUCAGCCCCGCGGAGGCGGUAGCGACCGCUGGGGACCGGGCGGGGCCGUCACGGCGAGAGCUGAGGUCGGGGGUGUGUUACAGUUACCGCGCGGUCGAGGGAGUGCUGUGCCCUCGGGUGUUCCUGGCAGUUCGGGGUGCUGCCAUACGGGAAACCCGCGCCUCGCGGAGAAAGAAUCACAGAAGCAGUUAGAUUGAAAAAGAUCUCUGAGAUCAUCGGGUCCAACCUAUGAAAGAACACCACCGUAUAAUCUAGACCACGGCACCAAGUGUCAUAUCCAGUCCUUAAACACCUCUAGGGACAGUGACUCCACCACCUCCCUGGACAGUCAUUUCCAAUGUCUAAUCACCUGUCCUGUGAAGAAACUCUUCCGACUGCUCAACCUAAACCUCCUCGGGCACAGCUUAAGACUAUGUGCUCUCGCUCUGUAGCUGGUUGUCUGGGAGAAGGGGCCAACCCCCACCUGGCUACAACCGCCUUUCAGGUAGAAAGGAGGUGUUCUAAGCAUGCUGUAAUUAACACUAUUUUAUUAUAAAUAAUAUUAAAAGCAGUGUUGGAGUUCUCUGUGCAGCCCAGGAUCUGUUUUGCCUUUGCUGCUGCAGCAGUGUACUGCUGACUCCUGUUCAGCCUGCUGUCCGCCUGGACCCCCAGAUCCUUUUCCACAAGGCUGUUUCUCCUGCUACACAGGUCUGAGCCUGCACUGGGCUCUGUGUGUAUGUUGUCUCAAGUGCAGUACCUUGCACUUCUCUUGAUGAUGAAUUUUGCUGUCUUUAUAUGUUUUACUUACCAUCACUACUAUCUUUUUUCUUAUCCAGUUAAAAAAGCGCACUACUGCUUUGUAUCUGUGUAUAAUUGACUUUCCUAUAAAUAUGAGAACUUAAAAAUAA